UGAAUCCAGUUAUGGCGCUGCUGAAAACUAGGAAGGGGGAAGCAAGAAAAACUGAUUUUUAAAUGUUCUUAUUCAGGUCAAGAAGGUAGUCCGCUAAAGCUCCGCACUCGUGCUACAGAUGGGAUUAUUUCGGUUUAUUAACCGAUGUUGAUGAAGCUCAGCACUACAUCGGACUGAGAGACGAAUGCAUACUUGCUAGCUACAAAGUUAGUAAUCCAUCCAGUAGAUGGAAACGCCGUGACCUUUUGGCGUAAACACGCUGGAGUUAAGAAGUUGAAAGUCGUUUGGUUUUUGUUGCGAAUAUGCUUUAACUUAAAUUUUUCACAUAUUUAAUUUACUUGUCCGUGAGCGAUUGAUCAACACGCCAAUCAUGCCGGGAAAAACAAAAUACAAUUUAGUUGAUGAUGGUCAUGAUUUGCGAAUUCCUUUACACAACGAGGACGCAUUCCAACAUGGGAUCAAUUUCGAAGCGAAGUAUAUUGGUAGUCUGGAUGUGGCGCGACCGAAUAGUCGAGUGGAGAUAGUUGCUGCCAUGAGACGAAUACGGUAUGAAUUUAAAGUGAAGAACAUCAAGAAGAAGAAGGUGAACAUUGUCGUGUCUGUGGAUGGGGUCAGGGUGGUUUUGCGGAAGAAGAAAAAGAAAAAAGAAUGGACAUGGGAUGAGAGCAAAAUGAUGAUUAUGCAAGAUCCUAUUUACAGAAUAUUCUACGUCUCUCAUGACUCCCAAGACCUGAAAAUCUUCAGUUACAUAGCACGAGAUGGGCAGAGCAAUGUGUUCCGUUGUAAUGUCUUCAAAUCAAAGAAGAAGAGCCAGGCUAUGCGCAUUGUGCGUACGGUGGGCCAGGCCUUCGAGGUGUGCCACAAGCUGAGCCUGCAGCACACGCAGCAGAACGCCGACGGGCAGGAGGACGGAGCCAGCGAGAAGAACAGCGAGGAAUCGGAGGCGCCAGCCCGGCAGCUGACUGGCGCGGAGAAGACCGUCGCCGAGGAGACGGACAUCGAUGCCGAGGAAGUGCCCCUGCCGGACAGCACGGUGGACGAGUUCAACCGCGGGGUCACCGACCUGGACGCGGCCAAGAAAGAGGAAGACAUUGGCAACGACAGGAAGGUCUCGGAGGACGUCUCCAUCUUGCUGGCCACCCCCAAGAUGCUCCUGCCCUCGUCCAGCCAGCCGGCCGCCGGCACCCCCCUCUCGGUGCACCACCAGGUCCAGCUCUUCCAGCAGCAGCUGCAGCAGCAACAGCAGCAGACACAGGUGGCCGUAGCCCAGGUUCACCUGCUGAAGGACCAGCUCUCUGCGGAGGCCGCAGCAAGGAUAGAGGCUCAAGCGCGGGUCCACCAGCUGCUGCUGCAGAAUAAAGACCUCCUGCAGCACAUCUCCCUGCUGGUGAAACAGAUACAGGAGCUGGAACUCAAGCUGUGCGGACACAACUCCAUGGGCUCCCAGGACAGCCUGCUGGAGAUCACCUUCCGUGCCAACGUGCCCCCGGUGCUGUGCGACCCCACCACGCCUCGCCCGGAGGAGGUGGGCCUGCCCCAGCUCAACGACGGGACACAGCUCUCCCUGCCGCUGGACAGCCCGCUAGGUAGGGACCACCGCCUGCUAAAGCUGGAGUGUUUCCGCUUCCUCCCGGGACCCCCCCUGAGGGAGGCGGGCCAGGGGCCCCUGCAGGUGUUCCGGGACGACUUCCUGGACAGCCUGGAGUUCCUCAAAUUCCGGGAGUCGGGCAUCGCCUCGGAGUACGAGUCCAACACGGACGAGAGCGAGGAGCGGGACAGCUGGGAGCAGGAGGACUGCACCCUGCGCCUCCUGAACGUGCUGAACAAGCAAGGGCCGUCCGACGGUCUCGACGACGAGAUCGCCGUCUAG